GGACGCUCCAAGUGCCCGUAAUUUUCAAUCCACCCACGGGAGCAGACUCAAAAACAACAACAGUAGGGAUACCAAACCACGCAAAACAACAACUUUCGUCUGGAAAUUCUACCUUGUUACAUUCGCUAAAGCUUCACAGCAAAAAGAUCCUCGGCAAAAAGUGCAGAAAAGUGAAGAAAAUCGGAGAGGAAAAACCAAAGCCAAUUUUUAAUUGUCGGGACAAAGAUCAGAACUGCCACCGAAAUGGGGCAGAGCAGCAAAUCAGGAGCUGCCGGGGGCGGAGGAGGCGUGGUCUGUCCUUCGACGGCGAUCAGUGGCUGUGCCUCCGGAACGGCCCUAAUCCAACUGGAUGCAUCUGGCCAAGGAGCCGGCGGCGGAAUCGGAGCGGAGUCGGAGCAUGAACGUGGCACUUGGACGGGUCGCUUUGAUUUCCUGCUCUCGCUGUUGGGAUAUUCCGUGGGUCUGGGAAAUGUGUGGCGCUUUCCCUAUCUGUGCUACAAUAAUGGAGGAGGUGCCUUCCUCAUUCCCUUUACCAUAAUGCUGGUGAUUGCCGGACUUCCGCUGAUGUUUAUGGAACUAUCUUUUGGUCAAUAUGCCGCCCUGGGUCCAGUGGCCGUUUAUCGCAGGUUCUGCCCACUCUUCCGAGGAUUGGGAACCGGCAUGAUCCUGGUAUCCGCCAUAGUCAUGCUCUACUACAACCUAAUCAUCGCCUGGACCAUCUUCUACAUGUUCGCCUCGUUCGCUCCGGUGCUUCCGUGGCAGAAUUGCGAACCCGCUUGGAGCACUAAGUAUUGCUUCUCGUAUGCCCAGGCGGACCAGUGCGAGGCCACCAAUGGCACCUACUACCUGCGCACCUGCCACAAUGCCACCUCCGCGGCGGAGAACAACAUCACCGCCCUGGCCCUCGUCGCCCUGAAGCGCCCACCUGCCGAGGAGUACUUCAACAACUUUGUGCUGGGAUUGUCCAAGGGCAUCGAGGAGACGGGCAGCAUUAAGCUGUCACUGGCCGCCUGCCUCUUCCUGGCCUGGGCGAUUGUGUUCCUCUGCCUGUGCAAGGGGGUUCAGUCCUCCGGCAAGGUGGUCUACUUCACGGCCCUGUUUCCCUACGUCGUCCUGGUAAUACUCUUCGUCCGGGGAGUGACUCUACCCGGCGCCAGCACGGGCAUUAUCUUCUAUCUGACGCCCGACUGGAAGCAGCUGGCCAAUGCCCAGGUUUGGGGCGAUGCUGCGGUCCAGAUAUUCUUCGCAUUGAGCCCGGCCUGGGGAGGUUUAAUCACGCUCUCGUCCUACAACAAGUUCUCCAACAAUUGCUACAAGGACUCACUGAUCGUGGCCUUCUGCAACAUAGCCACCUCGUUCUUUGCCGGCCUGGUGAUUUUCUCCAUUAUUGGCUUCCUGGCCCACGAACUGAACGUGGAUGUGGAGAAGGUGGUGGACCAGGGCGCAGGUCUGGCCUUCAUUGUUUAUCCGGAGGUGGUGACCCGCCUUCCCGUUUCCCCCAUGUGGGCAGUUCUUUUCUUCGUGAUGCUCCUGACUUUGGGACUGGACUCUCAGUUCGCUCUGAUGGAGACCGUCACCACUGCGAUUCUGGACAGGUUUCCCAACCUGCGGCAGUACAAGAUCUGGGUGGUCCUCUCGGUGGCCAUUUUCGGCUACAUCGGCGGCCUGGGCUUUACUACAAAUAGUGGCAUGUACUGGCUGCAACUGAUGGACAAGUACGCCGCCAAUUGGUCAGUUCUGCUGAUUGCCAUUUCCGAGUGCAUUCUGAUUGCCUGGAUCUAUGGAUCUCAGCGGUUCCUAAACGACAUCCAAGGAAUGAUUGGCAAGCGAUCCUGGUUCUGGAACUUUUUCUGGGGCGUCAUGUGGCGCUACAUUACCCCAGCCACUCUUCUGUUCAUUUUGUUCUUUAACUGGGUGGAAUACAAGCCGGCCAAGUAUGGACACUAUGUGUACCCCAUGUGGGCGGAUGCAGUGGGCUGGAUCGUUGGACUCCUGCCCGUCCUGGUCAUCUUCCUGGUGGCCUUUCAGGAGAUCUGGCGGGCGCCCAAGAACCUCAACUUCGCUGAGCGCAUCAAGCACCUGCUGCAGCCCACCGCCGAGUGGGGACCAGCCGGAAGACCCUGUGUCAAUCUGCAUGCCGAGCGUUACCAGAGCCAGAAUUACGACGGAGUGACCAAUACCCAGAUCCUCAUCGAGGACGUUCCCUCGCCCAAGCAAAAGUCGAACAAGAAAGAGAACCAGUUGACUCUGGAUGUGGAUGUGGAUGUCGAGUGCCUGCCAUUGGCAACUGUGGGCAAGCGGCCAGGUCCUGCAAAAACAAUGGGCAAACAAAGCAGCAGCAGCAAUCUACAGACAACUGCCAAAAAUGGCACUCACAAGUCGCCAACCGAAAUUAGUCCCAGCAAGCAGCCACUUAUUCCGGCUGAAAAGGAAAAUAAAUCAGCCACCACAAAGGUCCUGGCUGCAGGAACAUUGAGCAGUGGACGCGAAUGCACCACAAUGUCCACUUUUGCGGGCGGCGGGGAAAAGAAUCCAACAAAAGUCAAUUCGGCGGCAGUAGCAACCACUAUUGCAGCCACAAUGGCAACCAGCAACACCACGACAUCAGCAACUGUUGCUGCUUCUGCAGGUGCCAUUAAAACACCGCCAUCAAAUGGUGUUGCACCUACAAAAGCAACAGUUGCUGCUGCGCCGAAUGUUGCCGCUGGCAAGACGGUGACGGCUGCAAAUGUUUCUAGUGUUGCUGCUCCAAUUAAAGUAACGCAAUCGGAUAAAAUGGCUUCUGCCAAAACGACAAUAUCAGCAAGUGUUGUAACCACAACUUUGGUCAGUGUCUCGACAGGAGCAACAAAUGCUGCUGGUGCAAAUAACAAAACAACAGUUGCCACUGGCAAAACGGAGUCAGCUGCACUUAAUGGUGGUGCUGCAGCUUCAGUUAAGAUAGCGCCAUUGGAUAAAAUGGCUCCACUUAAGAUAGCACAGCCAGAAACUGCAUCGACUGGAAAAAUCAUUGCUGCUGGGGCCAAUGGUAAAGCAGCAAUUGCUUCUGGAACGUCAAAUGCUGGAAAUGUUGCAGCUCCAGUUAAAGUACUGCAAUUGGAAAAAACGGCUCCACUUAAAACGACAAUAUCAUCAGCUGUUGGUGUUGCAGCUGUUGGCAAGGACACGACCGUCGCCACUGUUGCUCCGGUAAACACAACACAAGCAGUAAAAAUCACACCAGCAACAACUGUUGCUGCUGCGCUGCCAGCCAAGUCCACAUCAUCGGUGUCAAAAGCAAAUAUUGACUCUGGCACCAAGCCAACGGCUCCUUUAUCCACUUUCAAGUCGGAAGGCAAACCAGCAACAAGCAUUGUGACCACAGCGGCAAACGUUAAUACCAGUGUGACAAACGGCAAAGUCAACCCGAGUGCAGGAGACUCGUCAGCAGCUAUAAAUAUCACAGCAAUUACACAGCCAGCAGUCACCCAAAAACCGGCAGCAGCAGCAGCAGCAAUAUCAAAGCCGCAAGCAACGCCUUCGAAAACUGCCUCGAACACAAAGCCGAUUGCGUCUGCCACAGGAAGUGGAAAGGUAGCCGCAUCGGGCGAUAUGUCCAGCAACAGGACAACAGAUAAUCCAACGGCAGUUAAAGGCCCAGCCAGCAGCAACAUGUCAGCAAAGUCGGCGAAAGCUGGCAAAACAAAACCAAACGAAACCAGCCCUACAAAGUCAACAGUGAAUCCCAUAAAGCCCGGCUCAACCAGCCCCACAAAAGCUGGACCAUCUGCUGCUGGCGCGGUAAAGCCAGGAGCAACUGCAGCCAAGACAGCAGCAACAUCAGCUGCAGGCGGCAGCAAGAAGGCGGCAACAUCGACAGCAGCAACAUCUGGCAGCCAGGCCAAAACGAAAGGCAAUUCAUCAGCAGUAACUAAGAAGAAAUAAGCCAUAGAAACUCACAGGUAGGAUCUAUUUGGGUCAAUGCAAAACGGUUGAACGCGCAGUUCCCAAUAUCGAAAACUAUUUUUAUAAGUAUAUAUAUAAAUGUGUAUGUGUGUAUCUAACGAGCUAAGCAACCCAUUUAAACUGUAAAUGUAAAGAGUUUAAUUAGGCAAUUAUGUAAACGGUCACAAAGUAAAAUCAAAUAUUUUAUAGAUAUUUAAUUUGGAUUGGCCAGACGAGAGAGGCAGAACGAACCUUCAUGUUUCCUAUGCGAAAGUACCUAUUUAUCAGUCAUCACUGUGGGAUAGCUGUUCCUUAGUACCUAAUUUCCAAAUGAUGAUGAUGGCAGGACGGUGGCGGAAAGACUCGAUUGUAAUAACCGAAAAAGUUAACGUAGGAUUUAGGUCAGGAUUGCUGGUGUUUGUUUAGUUUUGUGUGUGUAUAUCCCCUUGGACACCCAGUAAUUGGGUGACAAGUAAUUCGAGAGCAAUGUUGAAAGUGCAAUGGAAAACGUUGAGUUUUAAAAAUAUAUAAAUUUAUAUACAAAUAUACAAAGGUUACAACUAAUCAAUUUAUACAAAUGAGAGAUCAUUUGAUUGGUUUUUUUUACUGCAAAUAUUCUUAAGACUACUUUGGAGGGACAAAAACAAUGGAGGGCGGAGGUAUUUUUCCGUUUUAUAAGUGCGUACAUUUGUUUAUAGAUCUGUAUACAUCACCCGGAAAAAAAAAGUAAACCUUAAUCUGUAAAUGUAAGGUGUAUCUAUGUGCUCACUGUACUCUAUGUUUUCUGUGCUAACGAGAGACUCAUGUACCUAAAUGUUAAUCAAGUUGCAUCAAAUCCCUAUUUGUGUGCAUUUGUAUAGUUAAGGCAAAUAUUUAGAAAUGUUUUAUGUGUGUGGAGUAGAUGGAAACUAAGCCUAAUAAGAAAAAAUGCUCACGAGAAAACAAGAAAAAAAACAAUAAUUACAAGUACAUUUCUAGAAUUUAUAUAACCAUUGUUGUGUAUUCAUGUUGAAAAUAAAUUAUAUAAAUAUAUUAAAAUAUACAAAAAUAGAAACAAAUAUAAUAUUCGUAAAUAUUUAUAUGUGUUUGUACCUGUAGUUAGUUGGGAAAAUUAAUAUACCACUCAUUCAGAAAUUAUUUAAGUUGAUUACCAUUGCUUUUUAGUUUAUUUUGAUAAUAUAUUAUUGCAAAUUUUGACGCAUUCAAUUGAAAACCAAAAGUUUUAAUUCAACCCCUGAAAAUGUGUGAUAAAUAAUUUGCUCCGGCUCAAAGUAAUUUUCAAUUUGUGUCAAACAUACUUUAGGCGUAAGUAAAAACUUGAAAACAGGAAUAUAUAUUAAUAUGCGAAUUGAAAUUGUUGUAAUUUGAGUUUGUUGUUGUUGAUUGUUUAGCGCAGUAGCUGUGACACAAGCCUACAUACAUACAUAUGUACCUAGAACCUAGAACAUUAAAUCAGACAUUAAAUGAUAUGGAAUAAUAGGCCAUCGAUGUUGCAUGUUUGUUAGUUAAACUGGAUGUGUACCUGUAAAAUGAAAAUUGCAACGUAAUCUAGAUGGAAUUAUCAAAUAAAUACAGAUAAGGAAAUAUGUAAUGGCUGUUUGAAAAGAUAUAAAUAAUAACAUAAGCAUUUCCACAUAAAUGUUAAUGUAAUGCCGCAAUUUGCUCAAACCUAACUUAAGUCACAAGUUUAAAACACAAAAACAUAAACUGUCAAUUCCGACAAGAUAUUUAUAAUUUUAAAAUAAAACAUAUUAAUCAAUUGGCGUAUAAAAUAGUGAAAUAAGAAGAGUUUACUUUAAACAUUGAACAAAGGAGCUUCAAAUUUUAUAUGAAACUUUGGGAUGCCAACGGAAUAGAUCAAAAUGUUUAAAUCAAACUCGAAAACGCUAGGCAAGUAAUCAAAUAACUGCAAUUCAUAUCCCUAUAAACCAAAAACGGAAAAAUCUUGAAAUAAUACCCAUCAACCGGAAAACCCACCAGCUCAAUGUAAACAUUUAUAAUAUGCAUGAUCAACAAUAAAAACUCGUGUAUAAAUCGAGUCAAAUAAAUUUAAGCAGAAAAACUAUUUGAUGUAUGCAUUUUAAGCGAAUAAAUAUGUAAGAGUAGAUAACUGAAUUCAAAACUAAGAAAGAACAAACAGCACAUUUAGUAACACUCUUAUCCAUAACCACGAAUCCUUUGUAAAAUUUAUGUUAGUUUAGUUCAGUAAAUCAAAAGUACUAUGCAGGGUUUUGAAAUCAGAAAAGUUACUUUCAGACAGAAUUGAACGGCUACACAGUAAUUUAUCGAAGAAAUGCAAAAUCAAAAAAUCUCACCUCUGUUCCUUUAAACAAAAUUGAAAAGCAAAAACCGGGGGCUAACUAUACAAAAUAUCUUAUUAAUAUAGUUGUAUAACAUUUUUGCUGUUCUGGUAAUCAAAAAUAUAUGUUAUAUCAAAUUAAAAGUGUAAGCAAAUAUUACACAUAUUCCACAGAUGCCAAUAACUAAACGAGUAAUCAUAAAUAAUUAUGUUAAAAUGUAACUUUAAGUGAAAAACAAUAUUCAUGAAUAAAUAUUUAUGGGUUUUAACAAAAAAAAA